CGAUCUCUUUACUUUACCUUCCAAGCAAGCAACCAUGGCGCAGCCUCGCGACAGGAAGGGGGACACAAUAACACGCUGCCAUGGACGCCACCACCGCAAACUUGGAAGCAAAUAACCUCACUCCUAAUUACAGAAAUUACCACGCGCCCCGCCAUAUACUAGGAAAGUCAUAAGUGAAUUAACCAUCCUCUCCAUUUUGCUAUCUACUAUAAGCCACGAGUUCUCCACGCGCGACGGACCGGGUAAAAAUCGCCACCUUUUUCCUGCCUUUUCUUUCCUACCUCCCCGGCCACAUCCACGGGCAUAUUCUCAGCUCCCUCUCCCUAGUCUCUCUAUAUAUAGGCCAUUUCCAUUCACACGUUUUCUCUCGUCUCCGUUCACGAUCGAUCCGCAUCGCCGUCGCCCUCGAUCGCCUUCCCUUCCGCACAGUAGGACUCCCAGGGCCUGCUGAAACCUGCUUCUUCUUCUCCGUCGUCAUCUUCGUCUUCGUCUUCAUCGUCUUCUUCUUGUGGAGAUCGACCAGAUGACUGGCUGCAACGGUAACGGCAACUCGUCCGCCUCGGCCAUGGGGCAUCAGACGGUCGCUGAGAAGAAGUUCGGAGGAAUUGCACCAAAGAAGCCUCUGAUUUCAAAGGACCAUGAGCGCGCCUACUUCGACUCCGCCGACUGGGUCCUCGGCAAGCAAGCUGCAAGCAACAACGCACAGGCGGCGGCAAUCGAGUCCUUGAAGCCAAAGCUAAAGGUAGGUUGUGAUCCUUGUCCCAUCUCAACUGCACGCUGCAUUACAUUGCACUGCAAGCAUCUAUCAUUCAGACUUUCAGAGUUUAACUGCGGUGCAAGAAAUGAUCAACCAAUCUGCUCUGUUUGUUGCGUGCAGAGGACGCCCCAUCACCAGCUCCCCCCUCGCAAGCCGGCCUGCGCGUCCGGCUGAUCGACCGCGACGGGACAAAGGAUCACUGGAGGAAGCCGGAGCGGUCGCAUGAGACGACGAAGCUGGUGAUCUAGCUGGUUGCAUAUGUUAGGAGUCGAUCGAGUCAGGGUUUGGGAUCUGCAGUUAGACCCUUUUGGUUCUAGCAGCCUAUGAUUUGUCACAGUAGGGCUAGUAGCAUACUCCUACAUUGUUAUGGCUUCAGCUUUGAGAUGUUUGGUUUCCAGUA